AUGGCGAUUAAACUUCCCUUUGACAAGCGAAGGAAAAUAGAUACGCAAGGUACUGGAAGAAGACAAGUGGCUAAGACAAUGCAUAGCCAUGAUGUUACUGUGAACAGCGAUGUGGGUAGCUUAGAGGAAUGUAGUAAAGUAGGAUUUACAAAAGAUGAAAUGUUGGCUUCACUUAAUGUGAGAGCAAAAGCCGGAUAG